AUGACUCCAGCCUAUCUCGACAUUUCGGCCAAUCCCUUUGCGGAUCCCCAGGUCCGAGACUACUAUAUUGGUGUCUAUGAGAAAGCAAAAUACGAGUGUCGACAUGCUUUCGACGCGGAUGCCACAUGGACAAAAGAAGAGGAGAAGAAGAUCAUCAGGAAACUCGACUGGCAUGUGUGCUUGUGGGCAUGCAUCAUGUUCUUCAGUCUACAGAUUGAUCGUGGAAAUAUCGGUCAAGCUGUUUCAGGAACUUUCUUACAGGAUCUUCACCUUAAUACUAACGAUUUCAAUCUUGGACAUACCGUGUUCCUAGUAUCUUUCCUCUUAGCCGAGUUGCCGUCUCAAUUAAUCUCGAAAAAGUUCGGUCCAGACCGCUGGAUUCCUACCCAAAUGGUUUUAUGGUCCAUAGUCGCCAUGUCGCAAGCAGGACUUCGAAGCAAACCCGGAUUUCUUGCAACUCGUUCUCUGCUUGGAAUGCUUGAAGGUGGUUUCAUCCCAGACCUAAUACUUUGGCUCUCCUACUUCUACACCGGCCGGGAGCUCCCCAUUAGGUUGAGCUACUUCUGGACAGCCUUAAGCCUCACUGGUAUCAUUGCUUCGCUCCUUGCCUUUGGAAUCUUCCAUCUCGAAGGCCACCAUGGUAUUGCAGGCUGGAGGUGGAUCUUCUUAAUCGAAGGAUCGAUGACACUUGUCAUUGGCAUUGCGGCCUUCUUCCUUAUGCCGGCUUCUGCAGCCCAGACAAAGACGUGGUUUCGACCUAAGGGAUGGUUUACUGAUCGCGAACUUACUAUUGUGGUGAACCGAGUGCUGCGAGAAGAUCCUAGUAAAGGAGACAUGCAUAAUCGACAGGCAAUCACCCCACGUCGACUAUGGACUGCACUGAAAGAUUAUGAUCUCUGGCCGAUUUACUUGCUCGCCGCCAUCUGUGGUGUUCCAUCGGGGCCACCCACUAUUUAUCUCACGCAAAGUCUUCGGAAUAUUGGGUUUAGCACAUUCCACACCAACCUUCUUACUAUUCCAACAGCGGUGGCCAGUAUAAUUUUUCUUAUCCUCAUUACCCGGCUAAGCGAAAAAUUAAAUGAACGCGGGCUUGUCAGCAUAAUACAAGCCUUAUGGACCCUUCCUUGCAUUAUUGCUCUUAGAGUGUGGCCAGGUCUUAUGAAAGAACAAUGGGCAACUUAUGCUCUACUCACGGUUUUACUGGGCGGUCCAUCUGCCUAUGCUAUUAACGUGGCUUGGGUGUCGAAAAACUCGAACAACGUUGGCUCUCGCAGCGUAUCUGCUGCUUUAUUCAACAUAUGCGCUCAAAUUGCCAGCAUCAUCUCGGCAAACAUCUAUCGUGAAGAUGACAAGCCGUUGUACAAGCGAGGCAACCAAGUCUUGAUUGGAAUCAACAUACUGAGCAUUGCUCUGUUUCUCAACGCAAAGAUAUACUACGUUGUCAAAAAUAAAAUUCGUGAACGCAAAUGGAAUGCGAUGACUCCCGAGGAGCGCGUUGACUACACAUACAAUACUACGGACACUGCUAGUCACCGACUGGACUUCCGAUUUUCCCAUUGA